AUGGCCGCCGGUGGCCGGGUGCUGCUCGUGGCGCUGCUGGUCGUGGCCUGUGCCACCGCCGUCGUCGUCGUCGGAGACACGGCGUCAGUGUGCGACGGAAUAAGCUGCGGCAUGGGCACCUGCAAGGUGCCCAUCCUGCCCACCCCCGAUGGCUACGAGUGCGACUGCAGCCCAGGGUGGUUGCGCCUCGACCUCCUCCAGCCAAUCACGCCCUGCAACUUCCCUCUCUGUCCCUCGGUUGUUAGCUGCCACACGCCCAAGCCCAAGCCGGCGCUGCCGUUUGGAAAGAAUUUCACAACUGACCCCUGCUCAGUCGUCGACUGUGGCCCGGAGGGCACGUGCGUCAAGCAAGAGAGCUCCCCUUACUUCCACUGCCAGUGCAACCCGGGCACACCCAACGCGCGCAACGACCCUUCCCUCUUCUGCACCAAUUGCUCCGUCUCCUUACAGAAUCUCCCGCGGCUGCUGAUGCUGGUGGCCUCGCUCGCCGCGCUUCACAUUUUGUGA